AUGCGUAUGCCUUAUACAACAUCUGCAUCUCAAGUCAAUUUAUUUUAUCAAAACCUAUAUGAAUAUUUGAAUUCUGGUACAUAUUGUGAUUUAACAUUUAUUGUUGGUUGUAAACAAUUUCCAUGUCAUCGAAUAAUACUUGCUAGUUCAUCGCCAUAUUUUCAAGCUUUACUUACACAUACAUUUAAAGAAAAUAAACUUGAUUCAAUUGAAUUACGUGAUAUUGAUUCGGAUAUAUUUUCAUUAUUAUUAAAUUAUAUUUAUAGUGGUAAAAUUGAACUUGAUGAUAAUAAUGUUGAAGAUAUUUUAGUUGCUAGUGAUAUGUUUCAACUUAAUGAAAUUGUACAAUUUUGUUGUCAUUAUUUAUCAAUAGGUUUAAAUGAAAAAAAUGUUAUUGAUGUAUGGAGAAUAGCAAAUGAAUUACAAUGUUUAGAAUUAAAAAAUGAUGCUGAACAUUAUCUAUUAACACAUUUUCGUAGUUUAUUUCAACUUAAUAUGAUUAAACUACUCCCAAAAGAUUUAUUAUUAAAAAUUAUAUCAAAUGAUGAUUUAGUUGUUGAUAAUGAACAACAAGUUCUUGAAAGUAUAUUAGUUUGGUAUAUGAAUAAUCUUGAACAAUCAUCGGACCAUUUAUUUGAUAAUGUUAGGUUUCAAUAUAUUUCAAAAGAACAUCAAAAUCUUAUUUUACAACAAAUUGGAAAUACAAGUCCAUCGACAGUUGAUCGUAUAGAACAAACUAUUUCUCAACGAGAAUGUACAUUAGAUAGUACACCAGCUCGACGUGGUGUAAGACAAACAUGUUAUCUAUUCGGUGGAUAUGGCACACCUAUAGAUGAUCAUGAUUCACAAUUAUUAACAUCAUCAUAUCGUUGUCAUUUAAAUCUAAAUGAAUGUUCAUCAUUAUAUUCAAUUGAAAUUGAACAAAUUUAUGGCGAUGAAAUGCGUUAUCCACGUAUGCAUCAUCAAAUAGCAGCACUUGGUAGUCUUAUUUAUAUUGUUGGUGGUGAAGAUGGUGAUAAUAUAUUUAAUUCAGUUGAAAUAUUUGAUCCAUUAUCAAAAAUAAAUAAUAAAAGAUGGACACAAACAAGUUCAAUGAUAACACCACGAUGUAAUUUUGGUUUAGUAGCUAUAGAUUCAACGACACUCUAUGCAUUAGGUGGUCAUAUUGGUGCUGAUAUAACAUCAACAAUUGAAAAAUUUGAUUGUAAAACAAGUACAUGGACAUUAUUACCAUAUAAAUUAAAAUCUCCAUGUUAUGGUUUUGCAUGUGUACAAUUAAAUGGAUUAAUAUUAUGUAUUGGUGGUUCAUGUCUAUUUAAUUUACCAGUUAAAACAACAGAAAUAUAUAAUAUUAAAACAGGACAAAGUUAUUUAUGUACAGAUAUGUUUGAAGCACGAACAUUUUGUUCUACAUGUCUUGAUGAAGAAACCGAAAAAGUUUAUGUUUUUGGUGGUGCAGAUGCAAAUGGAAAUGCUUUACGUUCAGUUGAAGUUUAUAAUGCAAAUUAUUGUCGAUGGUAUCCAUUACCACCAAUGAUAUUUGCUCGUAUUAGUCCAUGUAUAUAUCGUUUCGGAUUGUAUAUAAUUAUUUUUGGUGGAAGAACAAGUUUAGGUACACAUUCCGAAAUACUGAAUACAGUUGAAAUAUUUCAUAUUCAAAAAAAUAAAUGGAUACGAAUGAAUGAUAUACCUAUACAUGUAUAUGGAGCAGCAGCUAUUCUUCGAUAA